AUGGCCGACGACGAGGAAAUUGCUGUCUAUGACGAGGUCGAGAUCGAAGAUAUGACCUACGACGAGACACUCCAGAUCUACCACUACCCUUGCCCAUGUGGCGACCAAUUCCAGAUUGCGCUCGCGGAUCUUCAAGACGAAGCGACAGACAUCGCCGAUAAUCUACCAAAGCCCGACUCUGAUCAUUCAGCCUCUGGCCAAAAGAUUACUGUAGCCGCAUAA